AUUACAAUUAGAGCACACGGUUGCAUAAAUUUCAGGUACACACAAGUACAGUAUAACGUACAGUAUUGCAUGUAUGCAGCAAGCAGUAGCCAACGCUAGCAACAGGUAGCAGCAACAACGAAUCUGAUCACUCAGCGUGACAUUUACAACAUCAGCAGCGGCGCAGCAGCAGCGACAGAGUCAGCAGCGGCGACAGCUGACUAUAUCAACAGAGCAAUAAAUUUCGACAUUGUCGAAAUUGAAAAGUGAUUGCAAGCCAGAUUGCAAGCAAUGUCCGUCGAUGAUAAUACGCCCGUGUUGCGCGGCUGCAUUAAAUUGCCGCUGCCCGAGGACGAGCUGUUGGAGGUAACGGCCAAGGCGAAAGACUAUGCCAUCAUGCAUGGCGCCGCUAUGCGCUCCAAGACCAACUUCAGUCCGGAUUCGCUAAAUUUUGCGCCCUUUGUGCUGGUGCCGUCCUCCUUUCCGCGGAAGGAAUUCGAGAAGGCGAUCGCCUUGCAGCCGAUUAUCAAUCGUCUGAUGCACAAUGUCGCCCACGAUGAGGAAUUCAUAACGACCACGCUGGCGGAGACAAUUAAAGUGGAUGAGUUCACUGCCAAUCUGUUUAACAUUUAUCGCAAGGCUCUGGCCCAUGGCUUUACCCAGCCCAUUUCAUUGGGCAUGCUGCGCAGCGAUCUGAUGCUGGAGUCCCGCUGCCGGGAUAUGUCAAUGUGCAGCAGCAGCAGCAGCGGAGGGAAGGACAACGAUGCGAAGGAGAAGCAGGAGGCAAAGGCGAAAAAGACAACAAAAGUGGGCGUGGCGCGAGGCAUUAGCACCUCAUUGGGCUGCUGGAAACAAGUCGAGAUCAAUACGAUAGCAUCGGGGUUUGGCCAUUUGGGACCAGCAAGUAAAACCAUACAAAGGUUCGUCCUACAGGAACUCGGCCAUUCCGACAAGUUGCAGCACAUGCCGAAGAAUGAGGCGCUGUCUGGCCUGUGCGAUGGCAUGGUCAAGGCUUGGGACAUAUACGCGAAGCCGCAGUCUGUCAUCCUGUUCAUCAUUGAGGAUGUGUCCUACAACAUUUGCGAUCAGCGAUUCCACGAGUUCUACAUCCGGGAGACCUAUCCGCACAUCAAGGUGCUCCGUCGCACGCUCACCGAUGUGCAUCGCGAGGGAAAACUCGGUCAGCAUAAGGAGCUGCUGCUGUGCGUAUCUCUCUCUCUCUCUCUCUCUCUCUCUCUAUCUCUCUUAACUGCAUCUCUCUCUCUUUCUCUCUCACACUUUUUUUGUAGUAACAACACUGAGGUGGCCGUGAUCUAUUUCCGUGCCGGAUAUGAGCCCGGACAUUAUCCGUCGCAGGGCGAGUGGGAUGCACGCUAUUUGAUGGAAACAUCGCUGGCCAUUAAGUGCCCAUCGAUCCACUAUCAUUUGGCGGGCACGAAGAAGGUGCAACAGGCACUCGCCCAGCCAGCCGUACUCGAGCGUUUCAUCAAUGACCCGGAGGAGAUUAAGGCCGUUGGUAAAAUCUUCACCGGACUCUAUUCGCUCGAUGACAACGAGGCGGGCAAUGCCAACUAUGAAAUGGCCCUGCAAACGCCUCAGAACUUUGUGUUGAAGCCACAACGCGAGGGCGGCGGCAACAAUGUUUACGGCUUGGACAUUCCGGAUGCACUCAAGCGCAUGAGCCGCGUGGAGCGUUCCGCUUGGAUUCUAAUGGAUCUAAUCCAUCCACCGCUGUCGCAGGGCUAUAUGGUCCGGCCCGGUGGCAAAAUGCCGCCCGAAAUAGUCGACAUGGUCUCCGAGCUGGGCAUCUUUGGCGUCGUUAUUGGGGAUGCCGAUCACAUUGUCCACAACUAUCAGGCCGGACACAUGCUCCGCACAAAGCUAUCGACGGCGAAUGAGGGCGGCGUUGCCGCUGGCUUGGGCGCCCUCGACAGUCCCUACUUAAUAGACUCGGAUGAUGAGGAUGGAUACUUUUAGGUAGACGAGAAUCGAGCAUUCCCGCAUUCCCCUUGCCUUCAAGUACUUAUUAAUUGUAUUAAAGAUAUAUCAACUAUUUUUGUAAUGAUUUGAGAUUUGCAAUUGGUGCAAUAAAUUCAAUUUGUAGAUA